AGUUUGCGUUGUAGUCGACUUCCAUGUUUUUUUUUUCUAAAUGCCUUUUGAUUCCAUUUCAAACGAGCUAAAUGCUGGUGGCGAUCUGAAACGCUUAUCGGUUGUUAGUCGUUGUUAAUAAAAAUUUGUUUUUUUUUUCUUUUUAGUCAGUAUUUGUCGAAAAAGCCGUCAAAAUAACGUCGAAAGAAGGAAACUCAUGGGACGCGGUUUUAAAUCAAGCCGCUAUAGAAGCGAUGUUGUCAGCUUCUUAUGUAGAUCAUUAUUUAGAAUGCGUCGAAAAUUUACCAGAUGACGUUCAAAGAAAUAUCACACAAUUAAGAGAAUUGGAUCUGAAAUAUCAAGAGAUCCUUCAUGAUGUUGAUCAUCAUCAGUCUUCAUUGCAAAAAGAAUUGGAUAAUGUUGUCAGGAAAAGAACUAUGUUACAGAUUCAAAGAUGUCUUAUUCGUUUACAGGAUAUUGGUGAUGAAAAACUUCAAAUACUUCAACAGAUUCAAGACAUGAUUGAAAAUAAAACCAGACAAUUAGACAUUGAUCAUGAGAAAUUAGAUUUUGGUCGUGAGCAUGACAACCACACUGAAACUAGAAAUGAUAUGCAACCAGAACGAUCCAGCAAAAGAGCAAGAAGACAGCGUACCAAUGAUCUUAAUUGCAGAGAUGAAACAAUGGACAGACAUGAAAGAGAAAUCACUGGAGGCAGUGGAAAGAAACAAAAGAAGAAGAAAAGAAAAACCAAAGCUGAGAAAGAACGUGACACAUCACCUAUUGAACCACCCAUUGAUCCCGAUGAGCCCACCUAUUGUCUUUGUGAGCAGGUUUCCUUUGGUGAAAUGAUUGGUUGUGACAAUGAAGAAUGCCCAAUUGAAUGGUUUCAUUUUUCUUGUGUUGGUUUGACUACAAAACCCAAGGGAAAAUGGUACUGUCCAAAGUGUAGAGGUGAUAGAAGCAACCAAAUGAAGCCCAAAACUUCUUAGCAUCUUUAGAGUUAAUCCAUUUUCACCAUUCUCAACAGUUCCAUAAUGUACAUUACUUCUCAAAUUUAUCAUUUUUCAUCGAACAUUAUUUUAUUUACACAAAAUUAAUUACCUAUAUUUAUAGUAAGGAAGAGAAAAGAAACAAUUUCUCAAACAGAUUGUUAAUGAAAAAAAUAUCUGUAUAAUAAGUGCUUCUAAAUUUCAUUAAUAUAAAGAAUAUUUUUAACAUUUUAAGUUGUUCAGUUAUCAGGUCCUAGACCUAAAUAAUCAAUUAUAGAAGUAUUUAAUGAUAUAAAAACAUUAGAAUACCAUUUAUCUGAGAUUUUAUCAGAUUUUAAAUACCAAACUUUGUUUAUUAUUGAAAAACAUUAAACAGAGAGAGUGACA